CCAUUCUAUGAUUCUAUGACAAUUGUUAAGCAGCAGUUCCAUACUUUUCUAUAGAUCUUUUUCAUAAUAAGGAGAUUUUAGAAAUAUUUCAAAAGCACAGCCAUUUGGAUACACUAUAUUUUCCCUAAUUUUAAAUGUCUGUCAUGCAGAAAAUUGAGUUUUGUGUUUUUGAAUGUGAAAACAAAGAACAUAGACCCCUUGCUCUCAUAGUUCAUUCUUUUCAAACCAUUUUUCUAAUCAUACAUGGAACUUUUAAUAUAUUUAUUAUUUACUGCUUUCCCUUGAAGCCUACUUUCAAGUUCACAAAUAAUUAUUUGUUUUUAUGCCUUUUCAUGAUUUAAAAGUCAUCUUAAUGACGAAAGACGUUUUCCAUUAAAGAUCAUUCCACUAUUGCAAUGCUGUAAAUACUUCUAAGAGGCAAAUACUUGUUAUAAGAAUCCCCUAUGCUUCUCAUUCAUGCUAAGGUAUUGGGAAGAGGAAAUAAGAUGUCUUAUCAAGAAGCUAAUUAGCAUGAUGGCACAUAAUUAAGGAAAAAAAAAAGGAAAGGGAAAUUAAUUUACUGAAGACUGUUGAAAGAAAAGAGAUGAAGACAGCGUAAGACAGAAAGGGGAAUAAGGAAUCUGCUUCCACUAGAAAAUCAAUUCAAGAGCUAAUAUUGCAGAAGAACUAAAUGCAGGCUUCAGCUGUGACAUGGACUCCCAAUAUAUGAAAUAUUUAGGUGCUGCACAGUGGGAACAUUGAUUAAACCUGAAGGCUUUUUCAUGUUAUGUCACCAUAGGAAGGGAAUUGCCCAUUCCUGUAUGUGUGAAUCAAAUAUCAUUAUCAGCAGGGCAGAACAACACAAAAGGACUUUUUUUUUCACAUGGUGGACAAAGUGGUUUUGAAUCACUUAGGUCUCUGGUGGGAUUUAGAUAUUUUGAAGUAAAUCUCUCAACACUCUUAACAUUAAAACAUAUCAGCAUUGGAAAAAUCUGGAGAAGUGGAUCCAGGUCAUCCUCUCUUUGCAGAUCAGUCCACGUACGGCAAUGUAGAGAGAUGAUGCAGUAAUCCUGUGGUGUCAGAUAAACCUGGUCAGAAGCAAAAGGCCAAACCAACUAACCAAACUUCUUGAAUGCAAAAGCAAAACCCCGCUGAUACAAAGCUUUAACAAAACGCACAGGGCUAGGGCAACUUAGCAGCAAUUACCAUGCAUUCAAAAACAGAUGCGUGAAAUGCAAGCAAGUUCUUGUUCUUACAGAAGUGAGUGAACAGCUUUAAAGUUCAAGGCUCUAACACAUGCAAUAGUAUGUAUUACACAUGCCAGUCCUACUACUUAUUUAGAAAAGAAAACAAAGGGGAAUGAAUAGGGCAACCAUUUAGAAUUAUAUUUUGCAUUAUGGGUUAGCUGUCAUGAAAGCAAGCAGCAGUAUUUAUAAUGGGGGAGAGGGUCGGGGAGGAAAAUAGAUACUUCCAAAAGAAAAAUCAGCAUUAAAAAUCGUCUGUCAGAAUUACUACUGGUCUUUCCUUGACACAGUCGUUUAUACGAAGCAAGCAGGGGGAAAUCAGAGAUUACCAGGAGAGCUUUCAAACUUGCUUUUAUCAUUUGAUAUAGACAUAGACUACAACAACAACAAUAAAUAACAGUCUUUUUAUAAGUAAAGAAUUAGUUCAGUGUAUCAUGUAUUUAAUUUGGCUUCUGUUGCCUAGAAUUGGUUCAAUCCUCAGCAGCAGCUGUCUGAAACUGAGAGAAAAAAAACAUAUCUGGGAUAGCAGUAGAGAGGGUUUAGAUUAAUUUUUGAAAUCUCUGCAUUUUAUUUAGCUUCUGCUGCCAUCUACAGUAGCCAUUGCCACUCUGCACAAAGGGCAGGUACAGCAGUGAGAGGAACAAGGUAAAAAUUCAGGUCAGUAACAAGCUGAGCUAGAAAGAACUGGGGUACUUUAGCUAACAGUCAUGGAAGGAACUAACGAGUCCUCUUUGUGGAUAACAUCCCUCUCUCAGUUAGAGCCCAAAAAUUCAUUCACAGCUACUUCCCUGCUCUGUAAAUGAGUUAACUCACCUGCAGAGCACACAGAUAAAAGCACACACCUCAUCAGUCUAUGCAGAUCAACACAGCAGUGGAGCUGUCUAUGAAGUGAUGAAAGUUUUAAUUUCUCUUGGAAGGAUUGGUACAUGGGUGACCACUAGCUUGGUUCAGCUUUUAAUGUUUCCAUUUGGUCAUUUUUUGAAAAGAUGAGCACUAUACGGAAUGUAUUUUGAAUCUUCUCCUGAAGAGCCUUUUGUAACCUAAAUAUUUUUACUAGCUAUCUUAGCAGAAAUAUUUUACAUUUCGGGUAAUAUCAUUUAUGAAAUAUUUUCUCAUCAGAUUAUGAUAUAACCAAGAGGUGAGCAGCAUUUCCCUUAUUUUUAUAUCAUAUCAACUUUGAAGACACAAGAUCUCAGUGUGCUCUGGCUGAGAGGCCUGCUUUGCUUGAGCUGAGAUGGAGCCCAGUCACCUGUGGAAGAUGGGAAAACCUCGGGAUUCCUGCACCAAAUAACAUCCUCAUCAGCACAGCCCAACGCAGCUGCCUUCGAAAUACCACUGGAAGACAAAGAGAACAAACAUCCUUUCUGCCAGCCCAGAGGUUGCACAAGGCCUACAGCCAUGCCUCACUCUGGGAAGCACUGGGAAACCUUCCAGGUGCUUGAAAGCAUCUGGAUUUACCCAGCUUGGAGGCUGAGCAUUUACAGCUGUAUAAACUACAGAGAAAUACCCAGUUAAUCCCGUCUCCUCCUUACCGUGAGGUUUAAUAACAUAAUCGCUAGGUGAAACAGUGCUAUGCUGUUGAGGUGAGUGGUUGCAGGGACGUGUACAGAAAUCUGGCACCCAAUUACCUGCCCCUCCCUUGACUGCACGCUCACAAAUCACGCGCAUGUGUCUUCAGCAUGGACUCAGGCAGGCAGAGAAGCAGUGUCUGCAUUACUCCCCAGUGUCUGCAGUUCGCCUGCACCCACCAUGUCCAGCUCAGGCACGGCUCUCCAUCCGGGAAGGGAAAAUUCUAAGCUGCGCAUCUGGGUGUGAAUGUGGGAAAAGGCAACAGGCGUGAGCAAAAUGCUACUAAAACUCAUCUGCUUCGUCCUCUGCACUCUGAUUGCACCUAAUCUCACAGGACUUUUAGGUGAAGAUGCUCCACUGCCAGCACCUCAGAAUAUCUCUAUUCUUUCUACCAACAUGAGACAUUUCUUAAUGUGGAGUCCUGUGACGGUCCAGGGAGAAACUGUGAGAUACUCUGUUGAGUUUCAGGGGGAAUAUGAACGGGAGUACGCUAACGAAAGCUGGAUCCCCAUCUGUGAGUGUUCCCUCAUCACAGCCACAGUAUGUAACAUCACAGAGGAUAUCUCAGCCACUGUGGCCUAUAACCUGCGUGUAAGGGCAGUCAACGGUGCUCAAAGAUCAGAAUGGGGCACCCUGAAAGGAUUCUUCAUUCGCAACACAACUUCCCUGACCCCACCUCUGAUGAAGGUCAUGGCAGAUGGGUAUCAUUUACUAGUGGAGCUGGAAAACAUGGGACCUGCCUUUCAGUUCUGUAUUCUCUACUGGGAGAAGGGCCAGGAGAGCAGGAUGCAACAGAAGAUGGUGAAGGACGUCAGCUCCACAAUUCAUCUGGCCACCAUGGAGGCAGCAGCUGAAUACUGUGUAAAAGCCCAGACGUAUGUUGAGACAAUCAACAGAAGCAGUAGCUUCAGCCAAACACAGUGCGUGAGGGCACCAGGUAACAGAUCCAUGUGGCUCAUUACAGUCCUCAUGUCCUCUGCUGGCUUUGCUGUGGCUGCUUUGACUCUGCCUUUCCUUGCCUGGAAAACAAGAAAAAUCUUCCAGUAUUCCUGCUGCCCCAUUGCUGUCCUGCCAGACACACUGAAAGUACCAGAGCCCCCCACCCAGCUGAUACUGUGCGGGAGGGAAGAAGCUGAGCAGUGUGAUCUGAUGGUGCACGUGAUGCCCCCAGAAGAGGUUCUCCGCCUGUGGAUUCAAGAAACGCUUUAGAACAUCCUGUAGAACUUCUAA